ACUAACAGUCAUGUCCACCGUGUCUGCACCUCGCGCAAAGGUCAACCUCGAUUAUCUCUCACCUCUGCAGAGAAAGAUCGCACUGGCGCUGGUCUAUCAUCCCCAUAACAGCGGUUGCAGGCAAUCCUGUAUUAUACUGUUACCACGAUCACCGACAUUCUCAGACCCACCCCAAAGCAGAUGACCGUCGAAAAGGAUGUCGACGACGAAGUGACCGCGACGCACAAGGCUCCGGCUUCGCCGCUGCCAUCAGUGACGCUUCCCUACAAAAAAUGGCGCACAGCCGGUUCGAUUGCAUCAGCUCCUCCAUGUUUUACCGGCAAGAACAACAUGGAACGUAUCGAACCCAGUCAGCGUGCACCACUCACCGCUCCGCUGGCAUGCUUAGCCACCCCGGCCAAGCUAUUCGGCGGGGAUACACCUCGGCCUAGCAACGUCAGCUCUCAGGCUAGUUCGAGCAACACGUUACUGGGAUCGUCGGGAGACGCGUCAAGUAAAACUUCCUCCUCCGAGCCGGAGGCCAGCCAAAUAGUCCCCAACGCGUCGGUCCUGUCGUUCUGUCGCCUGGAAAAUGCAGGCGCCAUCCGCCGCCGUCAAGCAGGGUCCACCGCUAUGGCAUUCACGUCAUCAUCGCGUUCCUCGAAGUCCCUUCAUCCUAGUCGCAAGGUCAUUUCGCGGAUUCCGGACAGCAUGCGGGGCCCUGAGGGACGUCCUCUGAAUGCGCUGCCGGAGGUCAUCUUCACGCAACGAUAUGCAAACCCGAUCCCUAUUCCGUUCAACAUCAACCUGCGUCGAUCGGACGGAGGGCAGAACUCGAGCGAGUCUACCGCUCAUUCAGCAGAUAAUUCGCAAGAUACCUUCAACAUGGAGACGCCCCGCGUGGGUAUGCAGUUGACCAAAGGCAAGUUUGGGUCAUUGCGGAGGCUUGGUAACAAGCUUCGUAAAAGCGUCUCCCUGCGGCAUCGAAGCGCGAGCUUGAGCAUCGAUGGUCAGCAGAGCCCGCGUGUUUCAACCAACCUCGGAGGUACACCGCUACGACCGGUGGCAACUCGCUCCCGUUCGAGGAGUCUGUCGUCAUCUUUACCCACCGCUCUGGGUCUAGAGAUAGGCAACGAAGGACUUGCUUGGGAGUACAGCCUUCCGUGACAACCUCGGGAGUGACAACCGCCUUCCCUGGGAUUGCCUGUUCUGCAUCUAUGUAUGGUUACGAGACGCGGCGUAUGCACAAAAAGAGAUGUUCGUGUGAGUAUGUGGUUCAACGAUUCCUCAGCGGCAAGCGGCAGCGGCAGUUCGCCGUAGUAAGUCAAGGUUCAGUAGAUCGAGCGUGGCAAAGUAGCAGAC